AUGGUUCAGGUUAAAGGGUCAAAUAAAGCUUUUAAACCUGUGUGUGUGCGCUGCAAUGCAGUGCAGUUACACAACAGCAGAGAAAAUAUACAUUCUUCAAAAGGCCAUACAGUUGAAUGUAAAACUGUUUAAACUCAAACUGAACAUUAUAACCUUCAUAAAGGAGGAUUUACAGCAGGACUAGAUUAGUUUCAACAAGCUGUAGACUGAUUGUGUACUGUUUGUGUACAGCGGCGUCAGAUUUAGAGCUUUCACUUUAUCGAGUUGCAGAUUUAAUUGUAAAUGCAUCAAAUGGCCAUUUUUUCAUUCAACAUGUGUUUUGAGAACUUCUUUUAGUUAAGUAAUGUGUUAAAAAUGCUUGAGUGUUCAACCGGAGGAAGGGAAGGAGUUGGACGAACUGGUGCAAGAAGUUCAUGUUGAUAUUUGGUUCCUGACACUGACUCUGCUAUUGCCAGGGGUGGACGCCCCUCCUCUUCACUGUUGAUAGACGGAGCUCUCAGUUGUCUUUCCUCCUCCCUUUUAUUUCUCUUCCUCCUCAUGCCUGUCUGUCGUCACUGAACACGGAAUGGUGGGGACAGCACCAAAAUACUGCUCACGGCAUCUGUCACUGAAGUAUUGCAAGAUACGGUGUGGUUAAGAUUUCAAAUCUCCUCUGACAGUGGAGGAUUAUCAGCGAAGAUGAAUCACUCCUGUGUAAACUGCUUGAAAACUAUGUUGAUCACUCUCCACUUUCUCUGCUGGCUGUGCGGUGCCUUCGUGGUGGCUUUCGGAGAAUACCAGAUGAUGAACUCCAGGUUCGCCUCCCUCGUCACCAGCUUCUGGCCCAUCUACCCCGCCAACACUCUGGUGGUCACUGGCACCAUCGUUACGUGUGUGUGUUAUCUAGGCAUGUUGGGAAGCAUGAAGGAGAACCGCUGCAUGCUCAUCAGUUUUUUCUUCCUGCUGUUUAUUCUGCUGCUGGUGGAGCUGGCCAUGGCCUGUGUGUUCUUCGUCUAUAGCAGAGAGAUUGACUCAUACUUUGAGAAAGACCUGAUGCAAAGCCUGGAGAUCUACAGGCAGUCCAGUCCAGAGGGAAACAAGACCAUUCAAGAGGAUUUUGACGCUGUGCAGCACCUGUUUAGGUGCUGUGGAGUUCAUGGUGUGUCUGACUGGAAGGGGAAUAUCCCAAUCUCCUGUUGUGUCAAGGACCCCUGCAGCAUCCCCAUCCAAACGUACUGGCAAGAGGGUUGUCUCCUCAAAUUGACGGACUGGUUUGCAAGACACUAUCUGAACACAGCCGCUGGUGUUGUCACUAUGUUUAUCAUGCAGUUUAUCUGUCUGUGUAUCACCAUCCCUGUCUUUUGCCGCUUCAGUCAACAUGGACUGGGUUACCAGUAAAAAAAGGGAUUCAAUAAAUGAUAUCUGCAAUGUACAGUGACUUUCUGCAUGUUAACAUGUUGCCUUUCCCUGUAUAAACUUGACUAUAAACUUGUAUAAAAUUAAAGUUAGCCAACAGAAGAAACUGCUAUCUCUCCGACCAGGAAUAAAUCAAGAGGAUGGCUGCUAAUUAUCACUUUUAAUUUUGGCAUAUUAGCUGACAGACCAUCAAAUGUGUUAUGGAUAACGUCGACACCUCCUCUCCCUGGUAUAUUGGACUUAAAUAAAAUAUUGGACAAAAAAACAUGAUCAUUAUUUUACCCAUUAUUAUUUGUAGGGUUUCUAACAUUUUCUCCGGAGUCAAAUUUGCUAUAACACACAAAAGAGUCUCGCCUGUUUUUUUAUUUUUAUUUUUUUUCACUUUCACGUUUUGUGUGAGUGGACCCCCCUGCAAGCCUAUCUCAACUAUCAGUCGAUUAAUUAUCAAAUGUUUAUUUAUUAUUUAUUAAACAAAAUGUUAAGGUUCUUUUCUGGAAAGUGUUGGACGCAAUUCACUGCUCCUGGGUCUGGGUGAGACUGUAAAUUUAAUAAUUAAUUUCCGUACCUUUUUCCGGCCCCUUUCCAGUGUUAACCCAGCCCCAGAUGCAGUCUGCAGGCGUCCCUCUACCAGCCCCACGUUGGGCGCCAUAUGUUGAAGGGAGUUCUCAUGAAGAACACACAGAGGCAGUAUUUCAGUGGAAGGAUUGGUUUAUUAGAACGUGCUACAGCUUUUAUACUCUUUGAUAAACAAUAUUGCUGCUAGUUCUGACAUGUGCAUGUGAAUGCCACAUUUCCUGUAACUGCUCAUUAGUGUGUAUGUGAGGGACUUUCUCAUUGUCGAGCCUAUUGUGUGUGCGCCCCUGUAUGUAUGUCUUUUGUGCAUAUAGGGUUACAACUGAGGAUUGGUAUUUCCUGUGCUACAGCCAAAUUUGAUCAACAGAACAGUUAUAUAACUAGUCAUAGAACACUGGUCAUUUAGAGGUCAAGUUACACAUAACGUCAUUUGUUUUAGGAAUUGAAAAAUAAGUAAGUUAAACGUGAGUAUUCUUUGACUCUGCACAAUAAACCACAAAUGCUGAUUCAAA